GAAAGUGGUCCAGGGCCUUCGUUCGUCGGUUCUCUGCUGCGGCAGCAAGAAUUGAGGGAUGUUUUCAAGCCGGUGUGCUGAAUCAGAGACCGAGCCGAUGGUUACGCUGUCUAAUUUCAUGACAGUAUCUAUCUCGCAGGCCGUGAAGUCGGCGCACUUUCCGUGUGCACGUUGUAGGUUAAGCUUGGCGGGAAUAGGCAGAUCAUGCUUCUCAAUUUACGGUCAAAACAAGCCGUGAAUGUAAGAUUUCGAGAAGUACUUGACGUGCGAGGAAUCUCGGGAGUCGGAGACGAUGGCUGCUUGAUGCGAUCAUCCGACUCGGAGCCCCCUGAUGCGGCUGACCUGGACCCUAGUCAAGAGUAUUGGCAUUAUGGAACUCGCCAACAUACAGGAUCCAACGGGAAUGGGUGGAAAUCGCUUCCGUCGAGACAACUUCCCCUGUUGAAGCAUGUAGAAAAUUUUCGUGUGAUCCUCGGCACUGCCUGCCGCAGAAUUACCAAGUCGCCGCUCCUUGCUCUCUCACACAUACAUACUGAGCUCGAGCUCACAUCAUGUACCAGCUGAAAAGGCUGGUCAGCCAGGGUCCCUCACCCGCCUACACUGCUGUCCCAACAGAUAAUACUACCAGCCCAUUGCUCGCUCCGCAAGAUGACGAACCGGCGUUCCCAGACCGUCCAAAUUAUCGUCCCCGACCUCGAUGGCGACGGGUGGCUACUCUUUCCCUCAUUACUGUCGUCCUGCUCGGAUGCAUGGCAGCCGUUGCAGUGUUCACUGCUGGACCCCGAAAAUCCGACAAAUCCGUUCCCAGCUCUCCGCAAUAUGUCCCUCCCGCAUCCACUCCCGAAACCGAAUACGUGCCGGAGAAGAGUCCGACAACAGACGAGGACAUCUCCGACCCUGUUACCGCCGCGCGCGUCAGCCUGGAAGCACUCGUAUCCAGGCAAUCCCGUACACUCAAGCAAGCUGCGGCCCGUUACACGCUCAAGGCUGGCCGUGCUCCACCACGGAACUACGACAAGUGGUUCACAUUUGCGCGGGAGCACAAAUGUCUGAUCGACGAGUACGACCUGAUUAUCCGUGACUUUGAGCCGUGGGCCCAGGUGGCGCGGAAGCAUCCCAAACAUUUCAAGGAGAUGAUCGCCCGCGGCAGAGAGUUGAUGCGGAAAGACUCCGCAGGAAUGGAUACUAUCGGCAUAAAGAACGGGACCGUGGUGAUGCCCUCUUAUACAGGAACGUCGUUCGACGGCGACUGGCCGAGGACCGUUGGCAGAUUUGCCCACUUUCUUCCCGACAUGGAGUUUCUUCUCAAUGGGAGAGACGAGCCACGAGUCGUCUUCGAUGUCAGGAAGCCUGGGGCUCUCGAAUCUGCGAUUCAACUCAAGGACACGAACCCUUUCCAUGUCUCGCCCCGGCCGACCUCCGAUUUCUUCAAGGACAAGAGCGGAUGCAGCCCACUCAGUGCCGACAAGGGUUUUGGCAUGGAUGGUAGUGCAGACAUAGCUUUCCUGCGCUCCAGCUCUUCUUCCGACUUUACCACAGAUCUGUGGCCGCUUCUCAGCAUGACGAAGAUCUCGCCCUGUUUUUCAGACAUCUUGUACCCCGGGCAAUACUUUUACGACGACAGCUGGUGGUCAGGCAGCUUUGCAUUCUCCAACAAUGUCAAAUGGGAAGACAAGCUCGACAAGAUCUACUGGAGAGGUAUGUCCAACGGAGGACACAUCAUCGGAGACAACUACCGGCGCUUCCCACGAUUUCGUCUCAUCGAUAUGGCCCGGAAUAAUUCGGACAUUCUCGAUGUUCGAAUGACCCAAUUCGCUGAAACCCACUGUACCACGAACUGCGAUCGGAGCGGAAUCAUUGCCGAAUACAACAUCGGUCCGCCGGCGGACCCUAAAGAGAACAUCUACAAGUAUAAAUACCUCCUAGACGUCGACGGAAACACGUUCAGCGGGAGGUUUCUUGGGCUUCUCAAGUCUGGGUCCCUCGUCUUCAAGUCGACCGCAUUUGAUGAGUACUUCAACCACUGGCUUCGCCCCUACGAACACUACAUCCCGGUGCGACCUGACCUUUCAGAUCUAAUGGAGAAGGUCCGCUGGGCUAUGAACAACCAGAACGAGGCACGCCGGAUCCAGGAGUCCGGGAAGUUGUUCACAGAGACUGUCAUCAGCGACGCCCAGAACGACUGCUACUUCGCUCUUGUCCUGUUAGAAUGGGCCCGACUCGAAAAGAUCGCAGACGAGCCUUGAGAGCCGAUAUUGCUCCUAUGUAUAACACCAUCAGUUACGAGUUGGGACCUAUUCUAGAACCUCUGUACUCAUAGAUUGAAAACCUCGGACUGGGUAAUACUUGAUGGUAGUGUGGGUGUCAAUCAGCGCGUUUCUCGCCGGUGGCGAUGCACAAUGAUCAAGAAACGCACUCGCCCUUCCACCAGCGUUCGCGCCAGAACGACAGACAAUGAGCCAGAAUCUGACAAAGAGGAUAAAGAGGACGGCGAAUCUCCCAAUAUCUCUGACCUGCUCGAAAUCCGCAAGCUCCGCCAAGCGCGCCAGGGAAUAGAUUCCGCCAAGCUGGGAAAGGGUGACACCAAGAGGAAGAGAAGGAUUGCAGAGGAUGAUGAAGAAAAACCAGUAGCAGGGCUUCGCCGAAUGGACGAGGAAGAUGUCGACGAAGACACGCGCGCUAGAAGGGCGGUCCGCACCAGCAACUUCACGCAACAAACGAACGCGCUCGAUGUUGACAAGCAUAUGAUGGAAUACAUCGAGAAGAACCUGACGGUUCGGGGCAAACCACGAGACGAAUCCGAGUCCAAACCAGUGCCUGCCGAUCCGGAGGAUGCGCUGUAUCAAAUCACCGACCGGUGGAAGUUGGACAAGCAGAAACCCACCGACGACGGUAGUGUCACAAACAGUCUCGGGAUGCUUACUGCUAUCCCAGAGGUUGACCUAGGCAUGGAUACGCGACUGAAGAACAUCGAAGACACUGAGAGAGCGAAACGGGCCGUGGCCGACAGGCCCGACGCACGCAGGGUUCCUAAUGACGAGGAGCAUCUCGUUGCGACGCGAUUCUACCGACCCAACCUGAAGACCAAAUCUGAUUCGGACAUCCUCAGAGACGCCAAAUUGGAAGCGAUGGGGCUUGCCGUACCGGUCGAACAUCCACGGCGAACCAACGACUCAACUCAGAUGGCCACAGACGAAAUGGUCAUGGAACGCUUCAAGAAACGGAUGAAAAAAUGACAAGUAUGUACAGACUGUAUAUCCAGAUUACCAAUUCUCUGUCGCAUUCUUCACGAGAAUGCGUGCGUUAUUGACAAAGGCUCGUAUCAAUUCAUCGAAGGCUGCCCGCUCUGU